AUGGCAGAAUCUGGGAGCAACGACGAUAGCAAUGCUAUCGACAAUUGCGCUGGUGAGAAUUCGGGUGAGAAGUCGGGUGAGAAGUCGGGUGAGAAGUCGCCACAAGACUCUGUCCAAGCGUACGAUGCUCCGGACCUCAAUCUCGUCGCGUCUGAACCGUACUCGUCCUUCACAGUUACCGAGAGACGGCUGAUCAUUGUCACGGCUUCAAUCGUGGCAUUCUUCUCCCCGACAUCAGGAUCGAUCUAUUUCCCUGCGUUGAACGACAUCGCGAAGGAUCUAGGCGUAUCGGAGAGCUUGGUCAACCUUACCGUCACGACAUAUCUUAUCCUCCAAGGGUUAGCGCCGACCUUCGUGGGCACGUUUUCUGACGAUGCGGGCCGUAGACCCGCGUAUAUGAUCUGCUUUAUCGUGUUUAUGACAGCUAAUAUAGCACUGGCGCUCCAAAACAACUAUGCUGCACUGUUGGUUCUCCGCUGUCUCCAGAGCGCGGGAAGCAGCGGCACCAUCGCGUUGUCAUAUGCGGUCGCCGCGGACAUAGUCACGUCGGCAGAACGAGGGUCUUAUGUUGCCUAUUCGACCAUUGGUCCAAUGGUUGGACCAACUCUGGGUCCUGUCAUCGGUGGCCUCCUGUCACAAUAUCUUGGGUGGCACUCGGUUUUCUGGUUCUUGUUCAUCACGGCAGCCAUCGUUGCGGUGCCGCUGCUUUUCUUCUUCCCUGAAACCAACCGGAAACUCGUUGGAAACGGAUCGAUACCGCCGCCGGCGUUGAAUGUAUCCCUCUAUGCCUGGUGGAAGCAAAGGAGGCUUCGUCGGAAAGGAGAUGAUCAGGACGAGCAACAGCACUAUCAGCCGCCUGCCCGCAAGAUGCGCUUCCCCAACCCUCUGAAGACCCUCAUGGUCCUCCGCAACAAAGAAGCCUCCAUCCUCCUCAUUGCCAACGGAUUGCUCAUGGCGUGCUACUACGGUGUGGCUAGCUUCCUGCCAUCCGUCGCCCACGCUGCGUAUGGCUUCAACACCAUCCAAGUGUCCCUACUGUAUAUCCCAGUAGGUGCCGCCGGAAUCAUCUGUGCCGCCACCAACGGCCGUAUUCUCGACUGGAAUUACCGCCGUCACGCCCGCCAACUCGGCGUGCCGCUCGCGAAGAACCGCCAUCAGAACACGCGCGACUUCCCCUUAGAAGCCGUGAGGCUGGAGGUCGCUAUUCCCGCGUUUUGCAUGGGCUCCAUCAGCGUCAUUGCCCUGGGCUGGGUUCUUGAUCAGGAAGUCCACGUCGCCGCCACGAUUGUGAUUUUGUUUAUUUUGGGGUACUGCAUCUCGGCUGGCGCUAACUGCAUCAAUAUCCUCACGGUGGACCUCUUCCCGAAGAAGCCGGCCACGGCCACCGCGGCGAAUAACCUCGUCCGAUGCAGCUUGGGCGCUGUUGCGUCGGCGGUGGUCGUGCCGAUGCACCAGGCGAUGGGAAUCGGGUGGACGAGCACGGUCCUUGGGGUGAUUUGGUUCGCGUGCGUGCCGGCGCUAUUGAUUGUCAAGACAUGGGGCGGAUCAUGGAGACGGAAGGAGUUAGAUAGAGAAGCGAAGAGGAAUGGAGAGAAAGAGGAACAAAAGCGGCAAGCGGACGUAGAAGGCAGGAAUAAAGUUUCAUAA